CGACACUGGUGGCAGAUUUGGAAUUGCCUGUGAUUGUUUGUGAAUAUGUUAAAGAUAAUUUCUAACGGAAGGGGUGUAUGCCUGCCCUGUAUUUGUUAUGUGCAAAACCGAUUUAUGCAGUGCAGCCGGUCUAAAAGACUAAGACAUCAGUGGCACUUCUUAGACAUUUGCAGGGUUUGAAUUCUUAAACUUUGGCAUAGGCAUACAGUUAUCUACCAUUUGAGCUACAAUAACUACCAGCAGGAGAAAGCUAUCAUCUGAGGGCACAACACAUGUGUAUGUGAACACCUGCAUCUAGAGAGUGGCUCAGGGGAGCCUGGACUGCAUCUUUGCCCACAUCCUCCCAAGAGGACAGAACAAGAUGGAUGAAGAAACUGACAUGACAACCUAUGAUUAUUAUACUGGCUCAGAACCAUGCCAAAAAGCUGAUGUCAAAAAAUUUGCAUCCCUGUUUCUGCCAACGCUUUAUUCUUUGGUGCUGAUAUUUGGCCUGGUGGGAAAUGCGCUAGUUGUGCUGAUCCUGAUAAAAUACAAGAAGCUGAGAAGCAUGACUGACAUCUAUCUGCUGAAUCUGGCAAUUUCCGAUUUGCUUUUUAUUCUUUCCCUGCCAUUUUGGGCUUACUACGUAGCACAUGAAUGGGAUUUUGGAAAUGCAAUGUGUAAAAUUCUUUCAGGGGUCUAUUAUGUUGGCUUCUAUAGUGGAAUGUUUUUCAUAAUACUUUUGACAAUAGACAGAUAUCUGGCCAUUGUCCAUGCAGUGUUUGCUUUAAAGGCUAGGACAGUUACCUAUGGCAUCCUCACAAGUGUUGUCACUUGGGUUGUUGCAAUAUUAGCCUCUCUUCCAGGGUUUAUAUUUCACAAAGCUCAGAGAGAGUCAUCUCACUUUACAUGUAGCCCUCAUUAUCCAUUGGGACAGGAAAGUAAAUGGAAGCAAUUCCAGACUUUAAAGAUGAACAUCCUGGGACUUGUCAUUCCACUGGUCAUUAUGAUCUUUUGCUAUGCCGAGAUUAUAAAAACAUUACUGAGAUGUAGGAAUGAGAAAAAACAUAAGGCAGUCAGGCUUAUUUUUAUCAUAAUGAUUGUUUAUUUUCUUUUCUGGGCACCAUAUAACAUCAUUAUUCUCAUAUACACGUUUCAAGAUUCAUUUUCCCUAAAUACCUGUGAGGGCAGCAGUCAGCUGGAGAUAGCAAUCCAAGUGACAGAAGCGAUUGCAAUGAUCCACUGUUGUAUCAACCCCGUGAUCUAUGCCUUCGCUGGUGAAAAGUUUAGGAAAUAUCUUUAUACCUUUUUCCGAAACCGCAUUGCAAUCCAUUUAUGUAAAUAUUGCCCAUUUCUCUAUGCUGAGGCACCUGACCGAGUUAGUUCCACAUACACCCCAUCUACAGGGGAGCAGGAAUUCUCAGCUGCAUUGUGAAGGGUGUCUAAGAAAAAAGUUACAUUCACUUUUGUGGAAACAGUUGUGCAAAGGACCAAAACGCUUUAAAUACUUGGCUUUAAAGAGGCCACUAAAGGGGUACCUACGCAAUAUAGAUGCACAUGAGUUUUCUCCAGAAAAAAACAGUAUUUGUUCAUACAAAUGGGUAUUUGUACAUUUAAAAAGGGGGUGUGCAUACCUAACUACUUACUUGGAUAUAUAAAUUUAGACUUUGGUAGAGACAUGUUCACCUCUUUUUUAGAAAAUACAAUAGAUAUACCAUAUUUUGGUCAACUUGACCCUGGAAAAGUUUAUGAUUUUGUUCUUUACACUAAGACUCUGGGAUCAUGAAUAAACUUCCAACGUACCACUUAAGAGAAAGUAUAAUUUAGAACAUGAAAUGAGGUCAGAAGUGGAGACGCAUCCUCUUAAACUACCUCUCACAUCUUAGUACGAGAUAUGCCACUCAUUUGUAUUCAAAUGUAUUUCAUCCCACACAAACCUGGUGCUAUGUCAGCAUUAAUUAUGUUAAAUUGACAUCUGUAAUACAAAAUCUUGAAAUUGAGAUCCUAGAAAACGCCGUACAUUUGGAAAAAGAAACUCCAGCAUUUCUAGUUGCUUCUGCUUUUUUGGGGGGUGGGGUUGUGUAUUGUCUUUUUUUACAUUAAAUUUUAAUUUGUUAACUAUAUGGUUCUGUUAAAUCGUACAUAAGUUAUUUACAAGAUAUGUAAACUAUACUUAAAAUAAUAAUUUUUAAUCAAUGGUUGUUUCAAGUAGAUGAUACUGUUUCAUGGUCAAGA